AUGCCUUACAAUACACGCCGCAAAUCUCUCUCUCUGCCCAGUUUGGGUAUUCAUGUUCCCAUGACACACGCCGCCCGCGCUGCUGCUGCCGCCGCGGCUGCUGCCUCCAAGGGAGCAUCACGCACAUCACCCUCCGCCUCGGCCGCAUUGUCGCCACCGAGGUCUGGCUCCGAGUCCGCCGAUGCGCACCCCAGUAAACGACAAAAACGAUCGCAUAGCGACGACUCCCGGAUCGAGCAAACACCGCCUCCGUCGCCCCCGGCGGACUCGUCCAUGACCGAUGUCGACCACCCCUCCAAGAUUGACAUUGAGGGCAUCAACGACGACAUUGUUGAGGCUGUUAUUGUUCAGCUGCAAUCCACCGCCAACCGUCCUCACCUCGUCAAGGAACUAGCCACCGUCCUUGCUCAGCGCCUCACCUCCGUUCAACAUUCGGCAAACCCCUGUGCCAUCAUCUCCUCUCGCCUCGCCUCAUAUCUGAAGCGUGUUUGUUGGAGUGCUUUGGCCCCCUGCCCCCUCGCUAAGGAGCUUGAGGCUAUCCACCCUCGGCGAACCUACUACUUCCUUACCACCUGCCCUCGCCAACCUCUCCCCGAUUCUAGCUCUCUCCUACCCAGUCGUCAGUCAGUUGUUACUCCCUCAGUAUCGCUUACAGACGACUCUGGUUCCGAUGAUGCCGAUGCUCGCCGUCGCGAGCUCAGCCCAUCACCAGAGGUCGACCUCUCGCCUCAUCAAUUUGAGGAUGUGGAUGAUGACUUCUCCAUGCCUGCUACCCCCAUUGGCUCUUUCCACUCUCACCAACGUCACAUGCCUCCCCGACGGGUCAGCCGGCAUAAUUCGCCUCCUCUAGAAAAGGAUGAGCGUGAAUUCACACAGACAGCCGACGUCUUACAAAAACGCAAGCUCAACGAGGAGGCCCCGAUCUCCGAGUCUAUCGAGCGCGGUUCCAGCUUCGAGUAUGGUCACCGCGACGACAUUUGGUUCGGCGAUCACCGCAUGUUUGGCCCCACGGCUUUCAUCACCAGUCCCUCCAUCAAACCUAGUGGCUUCUCCACUGGCAUCUCCAGCGUCAUGUCAAGUGCUCGCAAAGAAGACGAAGCUGAGAGCUGGCUGAAGCUGAGCAAACUCCUGGAGUGGGAUAAGGGUGCUGAGAGCAUCGAGAUCGAUGAACUCGACGGCCUGCUAGAUGCAUGCUAA